AUGCCCAUCAAAAAUACAACUUACAAAAUGGAAAAUAUCUUUGAUACCUUCGAAGUGAACGAGACUAAAGAAUACAAUUCCUCUCUCAGUCAUAAAUGUUAUUGUCAAUGCCAAUCAUGUAAUAUAAGCAAGAAAUAUAUUAAAUUUAUUCCUAAAUUGUUUAUUGUUGGAUUUUUAUUGCCUAUAUCCUGGCUAUUUUUGAUCUACUUAUACAUAUGGCCAUAUAUGUAUGUAAAUUCAGAAAUUGAUCAUGAAGCAAUUGAUCUGGAAGAUCUUCCAACUGCUUUUGAGAUUCAUCAAAUGUUGGAUGAACAAUAUAUUGAUGUAACUUCAGAGAACACAAUGCAUUCCAUCGAAACUGAAAGAAAUAGAAAAGGCUCAAUAUCAGGUUCGAAUCUUGCCCUAUGUAGAGAAAAGUUAAUUACGAAGGUUUCUGAAAGUAUUGUUAAUUCACAUUACGAAAUAAGAAGAAGCAUUAUUGCUUGGGCUUUAAGAUCAUUGUUAGGUGUUGUCUCAUACAUCAUUAUAAUUAUAUUUUUGGUAUUAACACUUAAAAAAUCUACCAAAUAA